GCAGAAGUCCGACGGCGAGUAUCAGCCGAGAGCUGGUCCUCAUCCAUCUCAGCACAGCUUGACUGGAGAGCUGGAUUGCUCAACGAUCGCACAAACACAGGCUGCUUUACGACGAUGCCAAGGGUCACACUUGCCAAAUUACGCAAACGCGCUCGAGACCAGCAGCGGAAGAAGGAGGUGGCCGCGUCCUGUCGCUCGCAGACCGUCUAUACAGCACCAGGGCCUGCUGAGCGCAUCGAUCGAGUCGCAGGCCCCUUCAUCAAGGGCAAUGAUGGCGAAGACGACGAGGUCACCGGCGAAAGGGGUGGCGUUGUCCUGAGAGCAGCACCAGAAGAUGGCGGCGCCGUCAUUCUGCAGAGACUCUCGCAAAGCUCCCACUCCCAGCUUGUACGAUUUAAGAGGGACGCAAAGGAGUUGAGACUAUUGAAAGAGACUCUGCAAGAAGAGCUAGAGGCGAGGGAAGAGGAGCAUGACCUUGAGCUCGAUAACGAUGCCCUCGCCCUCGGCCUCCGCGUCCGAGACGUUGAGAGUAUGCCACCAUCGGACCGCAAGGGAGAGAACAUGACCGCAAACCCUACACGCGCUACCACUGUCCCAACAAAGGAAUGGCAAUUCACCUCGUCCCACCUCCUCGCACAGAAGGAAAGCAAUGACUUUCUGGCAGCACUUCGCGCCGUGACCUACAGCUACGUAGACUUCCUCGAGCCGCUCUUCCUCGACGAGCUGCGCAGCGUGCUUGGCAAGAGGGAGGCUGGUCUCCAAAGACUGAAGAAGACGGUAGGGGAAGAGCAGAUGAGGUUCCUUGAUGGAUGUGCAUGGACAGGGAUACGGAUCCUUGAAGAAGGAAGUAGGACUGCUUGGCAGGCGUACGGAGAUGGUAGGUAGUACCCGUCUACGGACUCGGGAUCGGCAGCGAGCUUACUCAGAUCCCUACGACCCCGCCUAACCUCACGGCAGAUGCAUCACCAACCCUGCUCCUCACCUUCGGGCCACGUCUCA